GUGAGCCGGAAUAAAUAGGACUAUUGAGACGGGGGAUAGGAACACAGGAAAUGUCAAAUGGAAUGGCUUCUUAGCAUUAGUUUUUCAUCAAUUACCCUUCAUAAUGUUGCAGAUCUCUGAGUGAUCAGAGAUGUAUGAUUCAUUGGGCCCAAGAGGGGGUGAGAUGGAUCCCCACAACAAGUGCAUGGGGGGACGUAUGUGGUGCGUCUCUGACAUAUGCGGCAUUAUUUGUGCUGUGAUGACAUGGUUGCUAGUUACUUAUGCUGAGUUUGUGGUGUUUACAGUAAUACUGGGCACAGCAAAUUACCCCAUUUAUACAACAUUCAACCUUCUUCUUUUCAAUGUUUUUGCAGUCCUUGCCCUCUCAUCCCAUGCGAGGGCCAUGUUCACAGAUCCGGGUGCUGUACCUAAAGGUAAUGCUACGCGGGAAAAUAUUCAGCGCAUGGGGCUUCGGGAAGGACAGGUUAUAUUCAAAUGCCCAAAAUGCUGCAGCAUCAAGCCAGAACGUGCCCACCACUGUUCUGUUUGUCAGCGAUGUAUUCGCAAGAUGGAUCAUCAUUGUCCCUGGGUCAACAAUUGUGUCGGAGAAAACAACCAGAAAUUCUUUGUACUUUUCACAUUCUACAUUGCUCUGCUGAGCCUUCAUGGUCUCUUUCUGGGCAUUUACCAGUUCAUAAUCUGUGUCAAGAGUGAGUGGCGUGAGUGCUCCUCAUUCUCUCCACCAGCUACAGUUGUGCUGUUGCUGUUCCUUAUCUUUGAGAGUUUGCUCUUUGCCAUUUUUACGGCAGUAAUGUUUUUCACACAAGUCAAUGCCAUCUGGAAUGAUGAAACGGGUAUUGAACAGUUGAAGAAGGAACAAGCCAGCUGGGAGAAAAAGUCACGUUGGCGAAGCAUCCAGGCAGUAUUUGGUCGAUUUUCCCUCACAUGGUUCAGCCCUUUCACCACACCACCUCUGCCCACAAAAACUCACUCAUAUAUGUAUGCAGUAUAGCUUCUUCAUAGUUGCUAUCAAGUCCAGGAGGUUGCAAAGGGUAAUUGGUGAGCCAAAAUAAGAUUCUCAACAAGGCCAGAAGCUCUUUAAGUCUCAAAUUGCACAUGCUGAAACUUGAAGUACCUGUAUUGUGCCAGGUACGGUAUGCCCAUUAGUACAGUACAGUACAUUGAUUAUCCAGAAUAUCAUUUUAUAUAAUAUGCGUAAUAUUAUGAACAGAGGUAGUAAGUAUUGUACUCCAGUGAUGUGGAUGAUUAGGGCUCUGGUGAAUGUUACACUCAUACUGUGUAGUAAAAUUCGAUGCACGUUAAUGCUCAUCUUUCUCGUUUUGUCAUUCAUAAGUAAAAAAAAAAAAGAGUGCUGACCAGGUGAGAAGAUUAACCAAAAUAGUAUUGUGGGACUUGGCUCCUCCACAAACCCUCAUAAUAAGAGUCUAGUUUCAUCCAUGUUCAGCUCAUGUUGUAUAUAUAUAUAUAUACCUUUCACCAUUUUGUUUUACCUUGCCCUUACCCAUUCCUAAUAAAUAUCUAAUUUAUAAUUUGUAUGGUUAUUUAUAACACCCACUUUGUAAGCUUGUGUAAAAAUUCUCAUUUGAAGUUUCAUUCUUACUGGUGGGUGUUUGUAUCAGCCCAGGAGUAAUGAAGUGGGUAGCCAACAGUAUUGGCUCUAAUGUAAGUAGAGAGCAUUGUUAAAUUAUUUUUGUUUGUCUGCUGGUGUUUUGUAACUUGUCUGAGCAUUAAAAAUGUUAGGUAUUCAAACACCGGAACUCUUACAUGCAUCAUCUCAAACACAAUCCUCAUUCGUUUGAGAGAUAAGUUCAAGUGGUGUAAUUUUCUACUGGUUGAAUAAGUGCUAAAUGGUACACUUAAUGCCUCACAACUUCUGCUGACUGUCGUGUUAUGCAUUUCUUUUAAGGUAUGGGUAGAUUUUGGUUUUGUUUUAAAUACCAGAAUCUUGAAGGGUUUUAGAGAAUAUUUUAAACAUGUCACCUCACAUAUAACAGAACACAAAGUUUUCUAAGAACAAAUAAAAAAUUUAUACAGCAAACAAUUAAAUCAGAAUAAUGAAAGUAACAGACUAUGCUUUGAGUGUACCAGUCUAGUAUUGUGUAGUCUAUAUACCACUUGACUGUCUUGAGUUCUUUGCAAUCUCAUUCCAAACAGAUAGGUGAGCUGGUAUUCUUAGUAAAAUGUUUGACUAAUAAAACAUUCCCAGACUACUGUAAUUAUGUUGGGGUUAAAUCUUGGGUAAAUCAUCAUAGGUAUGUUAGUGCCUUGAGUAUCCAUGACUUUAGUCAAAAUUAUGAAUACUCAAGCUAUUGCAUGUUGAUUAUCUCAGAAUAUUUUACCAUACUUUAUGCAAUGCAGGACAUGAGAUACCCAUGUAUGCUGUACAUUCUUUUAAAAUAAGAAACUCACCUAUUUGUUGAGAGCAUGUGUCCAUGGUGGUACAAGUUUUGGUUAUAGGGUCUCACAUGUAAACUUGUAAUGACUACAUUGAUUUUAUUGACUCUUGUGUGAUGUUGAUGUAAUAAGUGCAAUGAGCCAUUGGAGAUUUUUGCUAUGUUCAUAUCAUUAAUAAUGGUUUAAAUAUUUUUAUUUUAGACAUAAACAUGGCAUGAAUGUUUCAUGGUAUGUAUAUAGAGAAUAUUGGAAACUUCAGAUGAACUUUGAAAUGGCUAUUUUUUCAACACAGCACAGGCAUAAUAAAAUUUUAUUGUUAAAAAUGUGGUUAAGAAAUUAGUCUAGGUGUUAUCAUCGUCAGAGUAAUCUGUCUUACUGUGCCUUAUGAUUUGGAUCACCCCGACUUUCCUCUCCCUACCCAAAUCAAAAUUACCGAUCAUUAGCACCCUGAUAUAUAGAAAUGUAUUUAGUGCCCAAGGAUAGAGCCAACUAUAAUUCUCAUCAUACAUAUGAUCAGUUAUGAUACCAAGACAUUGAUGAUGAAUAUUGUAAAUAUGUACACCAUAAAAAAAAAUCCUAAUUAAAACAGAUGUCUCGUCA